AUGCCCUCCGCGCUGCCACUCAUCGACCAUUCGCCCCACCAUCCCGAGGCCUCGCCGCCAAUUCCCACCGCAAGCAACGUCAUCCUGGUCGACAACUACGACUCGUUUACUUGGAAUGUCUACCAGUAUCUCGUGUUCGAAGGCGCGACCGUGACGGUGCUCCGCAACGACGAAGUCACCCUCGACGAGCUCAUCGCGAAGAACCCCACCCAGCUGGUCAUCAGUCCCGGCCCCGGCCACCCGGAGAAGGACGCUGGUGUCAGCAAUGCCGCCAUCGGCCACUUUGCAGGAAAGAUUCCUGUCAUGGGGGUCUGCAUGGGAGAGCAAUGCAUCAUCCACAGUCUCGGCGGCAAAGUCGACGUGACCGGCGAGAUCCUCCACGGCAAAACCUCUCCGCUCGUGCACGACGGAAAGGGCCUAUUCGCAAACGUCUCCCAGAACAUUCCCGUCACGCGAUACCACUCCCUGGCAGGCACGCACCAGACUGUGCCUCAAUGCCUCGAAGUCACCUCCUGGAUUGAGAGCCCGGAGGGUGGCCGCGGCGUCAUAAUGGGCGUCCGGCACAAGGAAUAUGUGCUCGAGGGUGUGCAGUUCCACCCCGAGAGCAUCCUCACCGAAGAGGGCCGACAAAUGUUCCGAAACUUCCUGCGCAUGCAAGGUGGCACCUGGGCCGAGAAUGAGAAAUUGACAAAGCAGGCACAUGCGAAAGCAAUCGGCUCUGCACCCAACGGAGCUUCAGCCAAUGGGGCUCCGAAAGACAAGCAGACCUCCAUCUUGGAGAAGAUUUACGAUCACAGACGAGCUGCCGUGGCCGAGCAAAAGAAGAUCCCUUCACAACGACCGAGCGACCUACAAGCCGCGUAUGAUCUUAAUCUAGCUCCCCCCCAGCUUAACUUCCCGGAGAGACUGCGCAAAUCGCCUUACCGCCUUUCGCUCAUGGCUGAGAUCAAGCGCGCGUCUCCUUCCAAGGGCAUAAUCUCGCUAUCUACAUGCGCUCCUGCACAGGCCCGGACAUAUGCCAAAGCCGGCGCGAGCACCAUUUCUGUCUUGACUGAGCCCGAGUGGUUCAAGGGCAGCAUCGAUGACCUCAAGGCCGUGCGCCAAAGCCUCGAAGGCAUGCCCAACAGGCCAGCCGUCUUGCGGAAAGAGUUCAUCUUCGACGAGUAUCAGAUUCUCGAAGCCCGACUUGCCGGUGCGGAUACAGUUCUGCUCAUUGUCAAAAUGCUGGACGAAGCCCUUUUGAAACGACUCUACAACUACUCUCGCUCGCUGGGGAUGGAGCCCCUGGUAGAGGUCAACAACGUCGAGGAGAUGAAGAUUGCAGUCAAUCUCGGCUCCAAGGUCAUCGGAGUGAACAACCGCAACCUCGUCAAUUUCGAAGUUGACAUGGACACCACCAGCCGCCUUAUGAACCUGGUUCCCAAGGAAACCAUUGUGUGCGCUUUGAGUGGCAUUACCGGGCCCCAGGAUGUCGAACCGUAUGCGCAAAACGGGGUUGGCGCUGUGUUGGUCGGUGAGGCCUUGAUGCGAGCGUCUGAUACCGCCGAGUUCAUUGCACACCUACUUGGUGGCAGCACUCCUUCAAAGUCAGCGGUAGCGUCAUCACCCCUGGUCAAGAUCUGCGGUACUCGGAGCGUGGAGGCAGCCAAGGCAGCCAUCGAGGCCGGUGCUGACCUGAUAGGGAUGAUCUUGGCUGAAGGAACCAAGCGAACCGUUUCAACAGAAACGGCGCUGGCAAUCUCUGAGACUGUCCACCAAACCAAGAAACCACACGCUGCCAAGGCCGCCGCAACUAUACCCCAAUCAGCAUCCGAUUUCUUCGAGCACGCAACCUCAACCCACAUCUCCUACCCCGGACGGGCACUGAUAGUGGGUGUGUUCCGUAACCAGCCUCUAGAAUACAUCCUCGAGCAGCAGCAGCUGUUGAAUCUGGACAUAGUCCAGCUCCACGGACAGGAGCCUAUUGAGUGGGCAAGGCUCAUACCCGUGCCCGUCAUCAAAGCCUUCGGCCCGAAGGACGUUGGCAUCGGCCUAAGAGGAUACCAUGCGCUUCCACUCCUCGAUGCGGGAUCGGGAGGCUCCGGGCAACAGCUCGAUCUGAGCGAGGUCAAGGAGGCUCUUUCCAAAGAUGACAGCAUCAAGAUCAUCUUCGCUGGGGGCCUCAAUCCCGACAACGUGCAGAAGGCUCUCGCAGGCCUGGGAGAAUACAGAUCGCGAGUUCAAGCUGUCGAUGUGAGUAGCGGGGUCGAAGCGGACGGUCAGCAGAGCCUGGAGCGGAUACAAGCGUUUGUCAAGGCAGCGAAGAGUUCAUAG